UUGAUGCUCGAUGAUAUAGAGGACGGUGCGCAGCUGCGAAGGGGACAGCCUGCGACGCACAAGAUAUACGGCGUCCCGCAAACUAUUAAUACCGCCAACUACGUAUAUUUCUCGGCUUAUAAGGAACUCUCGAAGCUGAGGAGACCAGGUGGGGACGAGGACGAGAAUGUGGUGAGGGUGGUGGGCACUAGCGAUUUGGAUUUGAUAGUUACGGGGGAACUUUUAAAUUUACACCGUGGGCAGGGCUUGGAGAUCUUGUGGCGAGAUUUGUUGCAGUGUCCGACGGAGGAAGAGUAUAUCUCUAUGGUUAACAACAAGACGGGGGGUGGAUUUAGGAUAGCUGUCAAGUUGAUGAUGGCACUCGCAACGAAGAACCUCGACAUCGAUUUCGUCCCUCUGGUAAAUAUUUUCGGAGUGUAUGUUCAGAUAAGGGAUGACUAUAUGAACUUGCAAAGCGCAGAGUACAGUGACAACAAGGGCUUCGCUGAAGACCUUACAGAAGGCAAAUUCUCCUUCCCAAUCGUUCAUGGAGUACGUGCAGAUGAACAGAAUCGAAUUGUUAUGAACGUGCUACAAAAACGUCCUACGACACCGACCCUGAAGCAUCACACAGUUGACUACCUCCGCACACAGACAAAGUCAUUUGACUACACACUCGCGGUAAUGAGUAGCUUGGAGCGGCAGGUUCGGGAGGAGAUUGCACGCCUUGGCGGCAAUACCCAACUUGAGAAGAUAUUGGAUGCCCUGCAUGUGGAACAUGAUUUCCAUCAUUUGGGUGGGUGUGUAGAUGAAGGAAUCGUACCUUAAGUCGGGAAUGAAUCUUGGACUUGUGAAUAUGUGGAGUUUCUACUCAGCUUAUCUGGGAAGUACACGCCAGACUGGUCUCGAGUUUGGGUUGUGUUAGUGAGUAAUGUACCGAUUGACUGUACUUACUUUAUUUCAGUGUUGAAUUGGUUCGAUGUUAUACCAUGACA